AGAAGCAUUGCCAAUGGAGUUUAUUCAGCAAGAAUAGAAUCGAAUUGAUGUUCCCGACUAUACAACUACACGACGUCUGACCCGGGCAUCAACGAUACCUUCCAUACCAACGCGCACGUCUCACGCAUAUCAUUCAAGUUCAACAUUGGCUCGCCGGGCGACGUUGAUGUAUGCGUCAUGGGCGUCGACUAACGCCGCUCGGCAAGCAGCUGCGGACAGUAAUCCACGGUCUGACCGCUGCUGCUAGACCCGAGCCUCCGUUCCAAUGGGUUGCGUCGACAAUAGGACAGCUCAAACUGUUUCAUGACAACUGCUACGAUGUUGCGGACGGGGAUUCAGCGAAGACUCGACAAGCUUCCAGAUCGCGGAAAGUUUUGGUUGACGGUCACAUCCCUGGUGUGCCUGAACACUUCGUUGAUGACACCGCCAGGGUAGCGUCAGGCCGCGGUAGGAAAGGCGGUGAUCUUCUGGCACGGAAAUCUUCCGAUGUCUUGGAGAAAGAAGACAAACAGCUCCAGGCUCUAGGAAACGACAGGAGUGUGGAGGGUUACAUGAAGAGCCUGGUACAAGAGAGCAGCCUACCGGGCGAGCAGCUAAGGACGCGCAUUCGUCAUACCCGUCUCACAAACAAAGCGCACGUACGACGUCUCAAUAGGACUGUCGAGACUGCUAAGAGCAAAGAUGCUCCUCCAAUGAGAUCCACGAGGGCUUUGAAAACUCUCGAUGACCGUCUCACAUACAAGCGCAUGCCUAGUCAAGCUCUGGACGCCGCUCUCUCGUCGCUAGAAUUGAAGCAGUCUCUUCCAUAUUCACCUAGACCACCACGGCCAUACAGUGGAUAUGUGGACAAAUCCAAGCAAGAUUGGUACAAAAGAUGGAAGGCGAAACAAAAGGCCGUCGAUUCGAAGAAUGUCAAAAUCACGAAUGCUUCCAUGAUACGCAAAGUGAGCCGAGGUCGAGCCCGCUCUCCCCUCCCCACGAUCACCGCCACCGUCAUUCGACAAGGAAGCACCGAGAGCGGGAUAAGUGGCCACGAUCUGAGUCAUCUAGAUCAGAAAGCUCUUCGGUCUCGAGGCUAUUGUGAUGAUGACGUCCUUAUUUGGGCGUCAGCCUUGAAAGAGCCCGAUGCUGCACUUGCUCUGCGGAAGCUCGUGGAGCAAUAUCAACGUCUCGGGGCUCAAACUUUACCGCUUUUCGUUUUUCAUCAUAUCCUUCGUCGGCCUUUGCUCAACGGUGCUGCGCUGAGAGCAGCUCUCGACUAUUUUCAUAUAUUGAUUGACAACUUGGCGGCGGCGGACACCGAAUGUCUUGAAGCUACCCAAUUUGCACAGCCUCUUCGGCAGAUCAGCACUCGACUUGUCGAUCAUGCCCUCAAUUCCUGGCCUCAAGCGUUGCCUGCCGUUCUCGACAUGGUCUUGGAGUGCAUUUCGGCCAUAGAAAAGAAAUCUCGACCCGUAACGGAAGCACAACUGUGCGGCACCACGUACUUUCUCAACUCGCUAAUGGGACAGAUAUCUCUUGCUCCUACCCAUUCUCGAUUUAAGUUGAAUGAUUAUCAGCAAGAGGCACUCGUAAAAAUCCUCCGUUAUCUAUCGGAACACCGACCAGCCAUGCAUGUCAGCCGAGAGGGUUAUCGCGCUGUCAUCCGGGUUCAGCUAGCUCAAAGGAAAACUCCACAGGAGCAAGAGUGGGCGGAAUUGAAAGCUUUAUCAUGGCCACCGUGGAAACAUGACCGUACCGGAAUGGAUGAGGCGAUUGGUCCUGAGCACGGCAUUUCACGUGCGGGAGAGACUUUGAAUCAAAUGCGCCGUGCCGGAUAUGCGUGGAAAGAAUGGGAGCGAAUUGCAAACGUUCACGCCGGUUGGGAUACCGAUUGGACUCCUACGAUCCAGACACGAUCGAUUCUUGGUCGCGAUCAUCAUCAGUAUUCAACUGGCGAAAGGAUCUGGGCUGCACGUAUCAAUGCUACGCGCACGUUGCAGGAAGCAUGGGCAUGCUUUCUAGCAUGGGAAGAUGCAAAGAUGGCUCCUGCACAGUCUGUAUAUCUGGCCGUAUUUGAGAAGAUUUUCGCAGAAAAACGUCGACAACUGGGUGUGGGAACUGCUACAGAGUCAGAAGACAUCGAAUCUGCGGCGUGGCCGCUCUACCCUGGCGAUACUCCGACCGUAGAACCAUUGCCGCCUUCGACACACUUGUAUACUUAUACACGCACAUCGCCACCGACCAUUGACGGGUUGUAUGAGCAACUGCGCGAGCAAGGUGUACAAUUCUAUGGCGAGACACUCGCCUUCCUGGUCACGAGUGCUGAUGAUGUUGCAACCGGUUUCAAGUACAUCCAGCAUGCAGCACAACAUUCGCCCGGUUUGCAGCCUCUUCGGUCGAAGGCCGGGUUCGCGGGUCUCAACGACACUUGCGAAUCCGUCCUGAUUGCGACGAUUAAAUUGCUCUCUCGUUUCGCUCAUGUCAAGGUACACAAACCUCUCGACGAGCCGGAAUCAAUUUCAUCGCACAAGUCAAGUUCAGAUGCGAUUUCUCUCUUCUCCGACUGGCAGCUUGCACGUAACACUUGCAUCGCUCAAGCCAUGACUCUGCUUCGAGCACGUCCUCUCACAAACAAGCACGCCUGGCAUUCGGUCUUUCGAAAUAUUACAAGACCGGAAUUCUUCGCAGCCCUUGUUCAUGUAGUCGAACAACCGACCGGGGCGAAACCAUUCGAUCGCGCCGCCAUACGCAGUAGCAUUUGGAACGAGACUUCCACCCAGCACGAUGUCGGAGCUAUGAUAGCUUACCGCCUGACGCGUGAAGCACUGGCUCUCGCCCAACAGCAUCACAUCCAACUCGACAGCCUGCUAUUUCAAGACCUGUGCCGAGCGACCGAGAAGAUGGCCUUGUCGUCAUGGUCACUUGUACAGAACCUCGGCGACCAACCGUCUGCGCUCCGCGACCACUCCUGGCCAGGUGUCCAAGCCGAAUGCCACCGAUUUCUCGCUACCACAACAUCCCUCGCCGAAGAACUCCACGCCUCAUUCCUGACUCUGACAUGCCCUGCGAAAACCCCCGAGAACGACAUCCAGACCACCGCCGAAGAGUCCACCACUUCUCUUUCUCCGUCAUCACCGCUCCCCCGAUUAGUGACCGUCCCUAACCCCGCGGCCCUCCACGCCUACAUCCGCGCCCUCGGCGCCCUCGGCGCCCACGACCAGCUCCUCCACCUCACCCGCUGGAUGGCGACCUACCGCGCCGAACUCCAGGAGCGACAGAACCUCGACCGCAGCGGAGCCCGGAUGAUGCGGCGGGCGAUCAUCGCGAUCAGGGUGUUCCUGGAGAGGAGUUUCCUCCCGGCGUUGAAACUCUCGUCAUCUUCAAUUCCGUCGUCGUCGGCGGCGAAAUCCAGAGGGGAAGGCCUCCUGCGGAAAAUGAGAGAGCCGGCUCCCGAGCUGGUCUUGACUGCCGUCAAGGGCAUUAUGGACGACGAGGACAAUAGCCGGGCUUGGGCGGGUGGGUGGCCGACGAGGGAGGAGGUCUGGGGCUACUGUGCCAAGAUGCAUGCCGCUGCUCUGCCGAGGAACAAAUGAUUGUAACAAUAUCUUCGAAGGCUUGGGGCAUUUUCUUUUUGGUUUCACCCCUUGCUUUUGUGGAUGAGCAUAUGGCUUUUCCUUCUGAGUGAUUUCUUGUUUGUGGUAGUCAGCGUUGGCAAGCCCUUUUCGUCGUUUUAUGACAAUUUUCUCAAUUUUCUACAUUCUGCGCCCGAACGUGGGUAUAUUUCCUCCACAUCAACAAAACUCCAGGUUCAAUGGGAAGCCGUGAUAUCCAGUGAAGGGCAUAUUAGUAUUACUCUAUCUAUAUCGUUAUGAACUCGUAUCGCAACUUUCCAGCUCAGCUUCUCUCCCAUCCACAAUCUCUUGGUUCUCACGGUCCUAACCUCUGCGUGCUCCCCACGGGACCCACGGCAAGCCCAUUCAACCCAGGCCUCCCCCCCGCCGCCGCAGCACCACCGCCCCCGUUCGUCGUGGGCAAGACGCCAUAGCGCCCGAAAGUCUUCUGGUCCAC